UGUCUGUGCCUUUACUAUCACAGAUAUGAUUGGUUAUUUUUAAGAGAUUUUUACUACGUACUUACAAGCGUCGUUUCAAUUGGAUGGUGUUGUUGAUGUUACUCAAAAACAACAAAUGUUUCCACCUUCUCUUUCCACAUCUUGCAUUCUACAUUCAAAACAAAACUGUGUUGUCUCCAGUUCGGUGAAAAUACGCGCAAUGGCUGAAAAACGAGCGUUUGAAGAGCUCCAGUCGCUGCAAAUAGAAUUUUCCUAUCCGGAAAAUGAUCAGAAUGAUGAAGAGAACGAAAUCGACAAGGACGUUUCAGAGAAAUCUCAACAUAUCAGUGAUUUUCUUUUUGCCUCAGCUUUGCGCCGGUUCGGAAGCGUCCUCUUGGAAAAAAGUCAAACCCCGCAAGUAAGAAAACAAAAAUCAAAUGCGGCAAAAGAAAUCAUAAUGUAUUUCUUGGUGGAGACUGGAAUGGAAAUCACAGAAAAACAAAUUAUGAAGAAAGUAAACAACAUGAAGGCCCGAAUAAAAGCAAAAACCGAUAAAAAGGCUACCGGAAACCGCCAAAUUUGUCUGAAUCCAGGAGAAAAAAUUAUUUAUGACCUCCUAGGAGCUGAAGAAAACCCAGCAGUAUCAAAGGUGAACUACGGGAUAUCGGUUGGAGCUAGGAAAACGGGCCUGAAGGAACGCAACGAUAUAGCGGGCGAGGGCUCAUCGCAAUUCUCCGCCAUGGUUGCCGCAGAACCGAAAAACUCUUCAUUACUUCCCAACCCGUUAGUGACUGCAACAGAUGAAAAGUUUUCUCCUCCUCUACCAAAGGGUAGACGUUUGAAGAAAACGACUGGAUCCGAACUAUCAGAACCUCGAUCAGAGCUUGAAAGUUUCUCGACAAUCCAACUACAGCGGAUGGUCUUGAUGAGGCAGCUUGAAAUGCUCGACCAGCAGAAGCACAUAAAUGAGAAGCUGGAGGUUGUGCUAGAUAAAGCUGGAGGAAUGAUUGACCGCUAUUCAGAGUGAUGUGCAUCAUAUUUAUACCAACACGCGAAAAGGGCGUAAGUGCAAAUGAGAGCCUCUGAAAGUUUACUUUCUCUUUCGAUUAUUACGGCUUUAUCAUAGAACCUCCCAAUGUUUUUUCAG